AUGGGUCCUCGCCACCGGCUUUGCUGAGACUCGCUCGCGUGGGCUGCCAGCGGCGGGCCUGCAGUGGCCGCGGGGCAUGAAGGGCGCUCUGGGGAGCCCCGUGGCCGCGGCCGCCGCAGGCGCCGCGAUGCAAGAGAGUUUCGGCUGCGUAGUGGCCAACCGCUUCCACCAGCUGCUGGACGACGAGUCGGACCCGUUCGACAUCCUGCGCGAGGCCGAGCACCGGCGCCAGCAGCAGCUGCAGCGCAAGAGGCGCGACGAGGCGGCGGCGGCCGGGGCCGGCAACCGCGGCGGCAGGAGUCCGGCCGGGGCCUCGGGCCACAGACCUGGCGCGGGCGGCGGCCGGAGGGAGUCCCAGAAGGAGCGCAAGAGCCUCCCGGCCCCCGGCGCGCAGCAGCCGGACAGCCCCGGGGGCGGCCCGCUGCCACCCGGCCAGAGGCGAGCUCCCAGAAGAGGGGAGCAACAGGGAUGGAAUGACAGCCGGGGGACGGAGGUGACACUUGACCGAGCAGAGCGCAGAUCAUACAGGGAGUAUCGACCCUAUGAGACCGAGCGACAGGCGGACUUUACACCUGAGAAGUUCACAGAUGAAAAGUCCAUUGACAGGUUUGAUCGAGACAGACCCCUGAGAGGCCGUGGAGGCCCAAGAGGGGCCAUGCGAAGCCGAGGCAGAGGCGGCCCCGGGAACAGAGCUUUCGACGGUUUUGACCAGAGAGGGAAACGAGAUUUUGAGAGGUAUGGUGGGAAUGAGAAAAUAGCAAUCAGAACUGAAGACAACAUGGGUGGAUGUGGAGUUCGAACCUGGGGAUCAGGUAAAGAUACCAGUGACGUGGAGCAGACUGCACCAAUGGAAGAGACCACAGCGGUGGAAGAGUCCCCCGGCCCCCUGGAGGAGGAAUCUCCAGCCAAAGUUCCUGAGUUGGAGUUAGAAGAGGAAACUCAAGUUCAAGAGAUGACCCUCGAUGAAUGGAAAAAUCUUCAAGAACAGACCAGACCAAAGCCUGAGUUUAAUAUCCGGAAACCUGAGUCCACUGUCCCUUCCAAAGCGGUGGUGAUACACAAGUCCAAGUAUAGAGAUGAUAUGGUAAAGGAUGACUAUGAAGAUGAUGCCCACGUUUUCCGGAAAGCAGCCAAUGACAUCACAUCCCAGCUGGAGAUUAAUUUUGGUAACCUCCCUCGGCCUGGGCGCGGAGCCAGAGGUGGAACACGGGGAGGCCGGGGAAGGAUCAGAAGGGCAGAGAACUAUGGACCCAGAGCAGAAGUGGUGACACAAGACGUUGCUCCCAACCCGGAUGACCCUGAGGACUUUCCUGCUCUGGCUUGAGAGGGCCCUAUUUCCCUAGCAACCUAAAACAGCAUUGGCGUACCUAUGAAGAGACUUUUCUUGCUGUGGGGAAGAGAGUCAGACUCUAAGAACAAUAGAUGUUGCUUUUUCCCGUGU